CAAACAUCAUUCCGUAACUAACAGUAUUCUAGAUCAAUAUUUUACCCUUUGACAGCAACUGAUGCCGUCAAAGUUAUUUCGAUGAGAAAAUUUUCACUGUCCAGACGAAAUGUCGGUAAUUUAUUUGAAAAAUCACGACGAGAAUAUUUAUAGCAUUACCACAAAACCUGUACCACUAGUGAAAAAAUCGCCAAGGUACCGUUCUAAAUACGCUGAUUAUGUCAGGAAGCCAAAUGUCUACACAACCGUAUGCAAAGAAUCCCAUAAAAGUAUGGGAAAACCUGAGGAAUGCUUACCUAAUCCCAAGGAUUUUUUGAGGAAAGGGACGGGAAAACAACCGCAUUCUAGAUGUCGACCAUACGAUGAUAUAAAGAUAGAAUUUCAGAAGAAGGAAAAAGUCUAUCCCACCAGGGGAGAAAUCAAAAAAUUUAACGAAGAGAUGAGAAAGAAAGAGGAAGAACGUAACAAUCACAAUUAUGUAUCUACAAAUAUCAAGAAAGUGUUAGAACUGAAAGCGAAGGAACCUGAGAAAAAAGUAGCCUUUAAUAACAGAGGCGAUUCGAGACCUUUGAUCAGGGAAGUGGAUCCGGUUUACAUUUACUCUAAAUAUUACGGGAAGACACCACCAUAUUUGCAGAACUACAUCGAGAAUCAGCAUAAAGAACACCUAAUGAAAAGAGAUACAGAAGGUGUUGAACAACCGAAGUGCCGAUAUAUCACGAGAGAAAAUAGAGAGCAAUUGCUUGAGGGCUUGAAACAAAACUGGGAAGAAUUGCAAAAACAAUAUCAAGGAUUGCCUAUUCUCACAGACACAAUUCCAAAAAAAAUACGAAAAACCAAAAUGGAAGAAGACUUGAAACAGCUAGAAAAAGAUAUAGGAUUGGUUGAAAGACACCCAUAUAUUUAUGUGUAUGACGAUGAUUCUUAUCUAACGAAAAAAUGAUAAACGUAUCUACCUAUUUUUUUAAUGAAUAAAAAGCAUUUGUUUAUUUUGAA